GAAAUUCAUGCGACCCAUCUGGGUCAUUUGAGUGAAGAACCCUUGUCGUUCGCCGGAAUUAGCCGUCAAUUUUUUGGUUCCUUCUCUCGAUUCGUGGAAAAACACCUCCCAUUUCUUCACUCUCGGUUUACUCAGAUUCUCUCAUGGCGAUUCCGAUGGAUAAACCAGACCCAAAUCCACCGACGCAAGUACCCGACCCGGAAGAAGAGGAAGACGAACUGGAAGAGGAACUGACCGACGACGACGAAGAUGUGGAAGAGGAGGAGGAGGACGAUGACGAGUCGACGGUGCCGAGGCCUGGAACGCGAGAGGGCCGAUCCAGUGCGGAGAGGCUCAAGGCGCAGUCUCUGUUCCGCCGCAUGCGUGCUGCUCCGGUUCCGGUGCGGGUCCACGACGUGAUCGUCCGUGGAAACGGCAAGACCAAGGACCACGUGAUCGAAGCGGAGGUUGAGGUCGUGAGGCACGCGAAGACGUUGCAGGAGCUUCUCGAGGCUUCUAGGGUUGCCAAUUUCAAUCUCCAGGCGCUCGAGAUCUUCGAUUCCGUCAACAUUACGCUCGAUUCUGGUCCUCCUGAACUUCCUGGUUCCACCAAUGUCGUGAUCGAUGUUGUGGAGAGCAAAAACCCUCUAUCGGGCCAAAUCGGUGCAUACACUAAAGCACAGGCUAGAUCAGCAAGUGUUGAAGCAUCUCUGAAGUACAAGAACAUAUUCGGGUAUGGUGAUAUAUGGGAUGGGUCUUUAGCUUAUGGCUGUGACAACUCUGCUGAGGUUAGCUUGGGGCUGUUCUUGCCGAGGUUCAAAGGAUAUUCAACUCCAUUAACGUCCCGUCUUUACCUUUUGACCCAAGAUUGGCUGAAGUUUUCGUCUUAUAAAGAACGAUCUCUUGGUCUUUCGCUUGGGCUCCUCUCAAGAGAAUAUCAUGACUUGGUCUACACAGUUGCAUGGAGAAACUUAAUAGACCCAUCCCAGAUGGCGUCGAGAUCUGUAAGGAGGCAACUGGGACAUAAUUUGCUUUCCACUUUGAAGUAUACCUUCAAAUACGACCAGAGAAACUCGUUCCUAAGGCCAACGAGGGGAUAUGCUUUCGUCUCUACUUCUCAAAUAGGUGGUCUUGCCCCGGAUAGUCGAACUCUGCGGUUCUUGCGCCAGGACAUCGAUCUUCGGUAUGCUGUCCCGCUCGGGUUUUACCGUGCUGCUCUGAACUUUGGAGUAUCUGGGGGUAUCGUCUUUCCAUGGGGAAGUGGAUACCAGACAAAGCCUUCAUCCUUGCCAGAGAGGUUCUUCUUGGGUGGAAACUCAUCCCCUGUCUGUUCUUUGGGAGGACCAUCUGCAUUAUGGGGAUUUAAAACAAGGGGAUUGGGUCCUAACGAACCGAGAAGGGAACUACAUGAUGAGAGUAUUGACCCAUCUGAACGGGAUUUCGUUGGGGGAGAUUUUGCGGUUACUGCAUUCGCUGACCUCUCCUUUGAUUUCCCAUUGAGAUGGUUCAGAGACAGAGGAAUCCAUGGGCAUGUGUUUGCGUGUGCCGGGAAUCUCGGCAAGUUGUCAGAGAACGAGUUCCGGAACUUCACUGCUCCGAAAUUCCUGGAGACAAGUAGAACAUCUGUAGGAGUCGGGAUUGUCCUACCCACUAACCUCUUCCGUAUGGAGCUUAACUACUGCCACAUACUGCGAAAACAAGAACAGGAUAGGGCGAAAUCUGGGUUCUUCAUGAACUUCUCGGCGCCAUCCUGAGAGAUAGAUAGAAUUCAACACAUCUUUUUACUUGUCGUGCGAUGGCGAGGAGGUACUCUUUUUUUAGCCUUUUGAUUUCUCAACCAUUUUGACAUGUCUUGAUGGUGAUGGAUAUUGGAUAUGGAUGGGGUUCAGGCAAAUUGGAUUGUUUUUUCAGUUUGAAACUGUUUGUGAUAAGUUUUAGAAGAGGUAAGUUUUGUCCUGUGCGGUUUCUGGGCAAAAGAAAAAACAAAGAGGGGAGCUUUCGGGUGUUUGGUCAUGAGAGCCAAAUUGGAUGAUAAAUGAGGGCAAAGUUUUCUUCAACUUGA